AUGAUCCAUGACCGGCAUGUUGAGUUGGCAACUGGCAUCCCUGGACGAUGGCGAACAGCCGCAAAAGGCCCCGUCAUACUUGGUGGAUCAAUCCAUUGCUGCGGCGAGUUGGGUGCGUCUAGCCCAGAAAAAUUCUCGAAUCAACUUCUGAAGCCCCCCUGCCUUUUUGCCUCUUGCUCCGUCUUACCACCGAAAGUUCCUCAUAUAUUUGAACGGAGGCUCCCGCAUCCUCCACACGCCCUGCUUUUGACGGGCGACAAAUGGGUACUGCGAGCCGUACAUUUGGGGCUCGAGAGGGAAAAUGCCACCGCCUGCAUGUUCCGUCAGCGCACGGGGAUAGGUCUGGCCAUGGACUUAUCCUGA